GCGAUGUGCCCAGCCCCUCCGGCCGGGCUGCCUGCACGUCACCGGGCUCCGGCUAUAAAGCGCAGGCGGCCGAGCAUCCCUCCCUCCCGCAGCUCCCCGAGACGCGCAUCUCCCAGCACAGAGCCGGGCGGGCGCAGGGAUGUUCUAUUCGGGGAUCCUGACGGAGCCGAGCCGCAAGGAAGUGGAGAUCAGGGAAGCGGCGUCUCUGCGCCAGCAGAGGAGGAUGAAGCAGGCGGUGCAGUUCAUCCACAAGGAUUCUGCGGAUCUCCUCCCUCUGGACGGGCUGAAGAAGCUGGGCACUUCCAAAGAUACUCAACCACACAACAUCCUGCAGAAGCGCCUGAUGGAGACAAACCUGUCCAAGUUCCGAGGCAGCCGAGGCAGCUGGGCUCCAAAGGGUGAUCUCUCAUCACAGACCAACAGGCUGAACCACACCAGGCUGGGCAGCUCAGGGAAAACACAGGAUGAAGAGCUCAUAGUGGUGAGCUGCCAGUGUGCGGGGAAGGAGCUGAAGGCCGUGGUGGACACUGGCUCACAGCACAACCUCAUGUCAUCUGCCUGCCUGGACAGGCUGGGGUUAAAGGAGCAUCUCAAAGCACUCCCUGAGGAAGAGGGGAUGGUUUUGUUGCCAAACAAGGUGAAAGCCAUUGGGCAGAUCGAGUGUCUGUCGCUCACGGUGGGAGCGGUCCCUGUGGAGUGCGCUGCCCUCGUCGUGGAAGACAAUGACCAACCCUUUUCCUUUGGUCUGCAGACACUGAAGUCUCUGAAGUGUGUCAUAAACAUGGAGAAGCACCACCUCGUUCUGGGGCAGACGGACAGGGAAGAAAUCCCGUUUGUGGGCACUGACAGUGCUGAGGCAGAAGAGCACAGUUUGGAGGCAUAAAGGGAAAAAUUGAAACACCAUCCCCACACAAGAGCUUGAUAUCAAAGAAAUCCUGUGCAGCUGUUCCAGAUGAAACAGCAACGUGCUGCUUUGAAAACAUUUGUACAAGGCUACAGCUUGAGUAGAGCUAAAUGAAAUCCUGUUUGUAGCCAGUAAUUUAGAGAUAUUGUCAUGUUUAUCUAUGAGUUUUGAGAAACAAACGUGUGCUUAUUUUCUGGACUUUUCUAUAUAGUGUCCUCUUUAUUACAAACAGUUGGGAAAACCUGAUGAAUUUCUUCUGACGAGAAAAAUAAUUUUUAUAGUGGCCUCAUAUGAGUAAUUGUACUUAGCUGUGAUUAGAGGCUAUCAGAAUGAGAUUUUUAUUAAUGAUUUUUCCAGGGGCUAAGCAUUUAUAUUCACUUAAUUGAUAUUGCCAGAUUCAAAUGGCCAUUACCAGGAAGUUACUCAGAGUAAAAUAAUAAUGUUAAUACCACCUAGGAAUUAUAGCUCAUCCUGUUAGCAUAGUAUUGUUGCCAUGUAAUUAGGGAUGCAACUGCUGGCUUGAUGAGGAAGAGCAAUUGCAGAAUUAUUAAUGGGUUACAGGCUUCUCUUCCUAUGGGGGUAGUCAAGUAAAUGAAUCAUUACACCAGGCCAAAAAGCAACAAACAGGCACAGAAGUGUGCUGUCUGGAAAGCAGCAAUGCAGUGCCCUGCCACCAGGAGCUGUGCCUAUCCCUGCCCACCUUGCAGCCCUGGCCACAGCUGGUGCAGGUUGCUGGCUCCAGCUGCACUUCAGUGCUGCUGCCAGGAAUGCCAUAUUUUUUACACCUCUCUACAAAUCUUGUGUUCUUAAGUACCACCCUUGAUGACCCUCAGGGGAGGUGGGAGUUUUUGCCAGGACAAGUAUUUCAUUUGGUGCCACCAUCCUGGAGCUGCUCCCUGUGCCACAGGAUAUUGCCUGGGGGAGCCUGGCCUCGCACAAGAACAGCUUUUAUCUUUUCAAAACCUAAUGGGAAUGAAUCGCUGUCAUCUGCUUGAAGAGGCAUCUUUAAAAUUCAGAAUAAUAUCCUUGUGAUGUGGUGCAUCUGCUGACAGCCAGUCCUGCUGCAGGUGGAUCCUUUAGGGAUCCAGUUGUGCUGCAGGAGCUGCUCCAGUGGGAGCACCGAGGGCAUUCCCACUCGGAAGCCUCCUGAUGGUUCUGGCUGAGAAUCAGAAAGUUUUGUCAUCUCAUGGCCAUGGGCAGCCAGGCUCCUGCCAGCUGAUCCAGUGUGUGUCCACCCCUGCCAUCCCAUGCCUGCUGGAGUUUUAUCUCCUGCAGUGGGUGUCAAUCUCUUUUCCAUUUGGGUAUAUCCAGCAAACCUGAACUAUCUGUAUUUUGAGCGAUUUUCUAUUUUGGUGAUAAGUUUCAGUGCUUUCUCUACAUACAGUAUUUUAUAUAACACAGCUAUAAAUAUAAAUAUAUAUAUAUAUUUACAGGGUGGGGCAGCCAAGGGUAGCCCCACUAAUGUGUUGUAGAAAUAUUUCACUAAAUAUGAAAUAUAUUUGAUUAUUUUAUAUGCUAUGAGUUUGGUAUUUUGGUACUUUUUUCUUUCUGUGCAUAUUACUGUGCUAAAUGUCAAAUUAAAUCUAAAUAAAGUUACACCAUUAUUGCUGUUU